CUGCAUCGUGCGUCUAGACCUCCUCUCGGACUCCACGCCCGCUCCCUUACCAUGCGCCCCAGUACCUGCACCCCAGCCACUGCAGGCUCUGCUCUCCUUCGGGCAGGGCUGCUGCCUCUCUUGCUGCUGGCCACUUUAGCCUGGAUUGCCAGUGCUUCAAGGCCAGUCAUGCUUGCAGAGCUGCGCUGCAAGUGUGUGAGGACUACACAAGGAAUUCAUCCCAAAAAUAUCGUCAGCUUGGAGGUGAUCAGAGCGGGACCCCAUUGUCCCAGACACGAAGUUAUAGCCACUUUGAAGAAGGGGGGUGAAAUUUGUCUCAAUCCUAAAGCCCCUUGGGUGAAGAAAUUCGCCGAAAGAUUGUUAGAAGAUCAUUCUUCACUUUAAGUUACUUAAGUGGAACUGAGAAAGACCAGUGAAGUGAAGAUUCUCUGUGAGAAAACUUGGAUUCCUUAGAAGAAAAUCUUUCAAGUUUUUUUGUUGGUUUGUUUUGUUUUGUUUGGAGUACGAAGAAUACUACAAGAAAAUGGACAUUCUUCUGGGAGUGUGCUUUGGUCAAUCUGUCAUCUAGCCACCACUCACUGAUUUAGCAUUCAUAAAGCAUCUACUUUAUGGGAAGUCCUUCCUGCACUUGGCAUUUUCAUCACCUUGUUAUGAGCUUGGUGUUGAUUUUUUAACAGUUAUUUGAGCUAUUUAUUUUUACAUGGCAUAUUACUCCUGUAUAAUGAAAUCUUUGGCAAUUGAUCAGCUCUUUAGAAGUCAAUCCACCAAGUGGCUGGUAAUCUAUGAAUGCUUUAGGAUUACUGUAACCAGGGCAUUUCAAAAGUUAAAGACAAGCAACAUACUCUUCACAGCUUAGUAUAUGAAUAUGGGAUGAGUUUUAAUGCAAAAAUGAAACCAUGAUUAUUAAGAUAAGGGAAAUUAAAUGAAAGGCAUUCACUCCAACUGGCUAUAAAACUAGCAAUUGCACAAGUUACUUGCACAUUUAGUGAGGUUCAUGUCUCAGUCUAGAAAUAAUGCUCAAGAAAGGUGGGGUAUCAUACAUUUA